GAGGCGAAUGCGGCGCUGCAAGGAGGCAGACCCUGAGACUUGAGUCCCCCCCUUUUGACUCGAAAAUAACACGUAUUUCUUCCUUUACCAGCGUCUUCUGGGGAUUAACAUUCAGCGCUGACUCUGUAUGGUGCAGUGACUGUCUGGCUGGUAGGUGCCUGCAGGCUGUCAAUGCAUGGUGCUCCCGAAGACAGUCAUUAAGGAGAAGUGUUUUGGUGUGAGCUGCUCACUACCCUGCGAUUCGGCCACGGCGUUCUGUCUCUGAUCUCCUGCCAAGGGAGACCGCAGUUUCUGCACGCUCAUUACCUGAUUCUCCCCGCCCCGUCCCCACCGCCACCAUGGUGCUGUCACAGAGGCAACGUGACGAGCUAAACCGAGCGAUAGCUGAUUACCUUCGUUCCAACGGAUAUGAAGAGGCAUAUUCAGUUUUCAAAAAGGAGGCGGAAUUAGACAUGAAUGAGGAAUUGGAUAAGAAGUAUGCAGGCCUUUUGGAAAAGAAAUGGACUUCAGUCAUCAGAUUACAGAAAAAGGUGAUGGAAUUAGAAUCAAAACUGAAUGAGGCGAAAGAAGAGAUAACUUUAGGUGGGCCAAUUGGACAGAAGCGAGACCCCAAAGAAUGGAUACCCCGUCCCCCUGAGCGAUACGCCCUGAGCGGUCACAGGAGUCCUGUCACCAGAGUAAUUUUCCAUCCUGUCUUCAGUGUCAUGGUCUCUGCUUCAGAGGAUGCAACAAUAAAGGUAUGGGACUAUGAAACGGGCGACUUCGAGCGCACUCUUAAGGGCCACACAGACUCUGUACAGGACAUCUCCUUUGACCAAACUGGAAAGCUCUUGGCCUCCUGUUCAGCAGACAUGACCAUUAAGCUUUGGGACUUCCAGGGCUUCGAGUGUAUCAGGACCAUGCACGGGCAUGACCAUAAUGUUUCAUCAGUAGCUAUUAUGCCCAAUGGAGACCAUAUAGUUUCAGCCUCAAGGGAUAAAACCAUUAAAAUGUGGGAGGUGGCCACUGGGUACUGUGUGAAGACAUUCACUGGCCACAGAGAGUGGGUGCGCAUGGUGCGGCCCAACCAGGAUGGGACCCUGAUCGCCAGUAGUUCUAAUGACCAGACGGUGCGUGUUUGGGCGGUGGCCUCGAAAGAGUGUAAGGCAGAGCUGCGGGAGCAUGAACAUGUGGUGGAGUGCAUUUCUUGGGCCCCUGAAAGUGCACAUCCCACUAUUCUGGAAGCGACUGGCUCAGAGACAAAGAAGAGUGGGAAACCUGGACCUUUCCUGCUGUCUGGUUCCAGAGACAAGACUAUCAAGAUGUGGGAUGUGAGCAUUGGGAUGUGCCUUAUGACACUGGUUGGCCAUGAUAAUUGGGUGCGUGGUAUUCUUGUGCACCCUGGCGGAAAGUUCAUUGUGAGCUGUGCUGAUGACAAGACCUUGAGGAUCUGGGACUACAAAAAUAAGCGCUGCAUGAAGACCUUGAGUGCCCAUGAGCAUUUUGUUACCUCUCUGGAUUUCCACAAGUCUGCUCCAUACGUCGUCACCGGCAGUGUAGAUCAAACGGUAAAAGUGUGGGAGUGUCGCUGAUCGAACCUACAGGACCCUUCACAACACCUCCAUGCUCCCCUCAACAUCUUCCUGACCCACUCCACCUCCUUCAGCUUCCUCCUGCUCUUCUGGAUGCACUCAAACAUCAUGGUUAUCACCCACGGAGCUCGGGUUCAAUACCAUGUCCUUUUAUGUAAAUUAUUCUGGCUGUAGAUUGAGCUAUUAA